AUGCAGUCCACCAAAAGCCGGUUGAAGCCUGUGGCUGACCCUCUGGAUAGGGUCGGUUUUGUCUCAAAGGGUGACAGGACUCACUCUGACGCGAUCCAUGGUAGGCUUCUCGACCACAAAGCCCAGCAGGACUACUAUGAUAAGAUUGUCGAACGAUAUCUGCGAUUCUGCUCCGAUCACCAGAAGGAUUUUGAUCAAGCACACGCAUCGCUUCCCCUGAGCUCCUCGAAUGACGCAACCUCCAACCCACCUGCAGCCCAGCCGGUCGCAAGGACUAAGUCCGACCCCGCAGAGAAGCACAUCCCCCCACCGUCGACGGAAUUGUCAAAGUUACUUCUUUCCCUCCGGAAGCUGCGAGAAGGCAUCCUGGCAACAUCACGAACAACUCCACCCGCAUUUGCACAGCGCGUGCACUAUUUCUCGAUCCGCAUGUCUAUUCUUGCGCAACACCCUCCGUCCUAUUUUCCGUCCUUGGAGUACUGCUUGCGCAAACUGCACUCCAAAUCCCACCCAAUGGCCGACUCGGAAGUAAAAGAUUUGAUCUCAUACUUGAUUCUCGACUAUGCGUGUCGGCAGCAGAACAUGGUAUCGGCCUUUGAGUUGCGGGCGCGGGCGCGGCGGGACUAUGACUUUCAAUCGCAGACUGUUGACCGUGUCUUGACGGCCUUGAUGCAUGAUAACUGGGUGGCUUUCUGGCAGGUGCGCAAAAGUGUGGACUCAUACUUGCGCGCGGUGAUGAAUUGGGCCGUGGACCGAGUGCGGAGACACGCCUUGAAGGCUGUGGGCAGCGCGUACCUCAACGUAAAUGUGAACUGGAUCAUAGGCGGGUGUACCGGUGAUGAUAGAAAAUGGACGUGGGAGGAGCUGACCCGGAAAGAGAAUCUGGGCUGGCAACUGGAGGAUGAUAAGGUCAUAAUUAGGGUUCCCAAGGCUCGACCAUCGUCGAAAACGGGGCCCAUUCCAGCAGGCAAAUGA